AUGGAGAGGCAAUCCGCAUCCGAAUCCCAGGUCGAAAGUGACCAGUCAUCAGUGGAUGAGUUGAUCUGCGACCUGGUGGGAACAAUGAGGUUAAACGAAGAGCAUCUGAAGCACGUGCUAAGGAGCCUCCACAACUUAUUGCAAGGCUCAGGCUCUGGGGAACUUUUCGUUAGCUCCCGGGUGGCAAACAUCUUGUCUGGAUUACAUGCUACCAACGAGGAGAACAUCGCCAAACGACGCCGCCUGAUGGAUGGAAAGGUCCUGCUCCAGCCGCUCCUGAUGAAUCCCACGGGUGCUGGACCAGUUCUUUCGAGGACCCAGAGUUACCUGGUACUGCUCGACGCCAGCCAGAGGCUCCUGAAGUCGGAGAAUCGUCGCAGGUCCGCCUGCUUUAUGAUGCGUCAAUUGCAGAAAUCCUGCCAAGUCGCAGAUGAGCACGAUUCCUUACCAUGCACCCCUCAGCAGUGGUCCCUUUUGGUGGACUUGGUCGAAGACCUGGAGCAGGAUCAGUUGGUGGCAACUAAUCUGGAAUCCCAGCUAAACAGCCUGUUCUCGAAUUCCUGCGAUCUCGGCGAGCGUUGGACGUCAUGGCUGCGCAUCCUGUGCGUCCGCCUUCUGAAGCAGGAAAGUAUCCUGGUGCGGCACGCGAUCCUGGACUACUUCCUGAAAAACCAGUCCCAGGUUUAUCGCCUCAGCUUGCUGCCUGAUUUCCUGCGGGCCACCAACAAAACCCAGUUGUUCGAUCCCGAAGAUCCCAAGCGCCUCAAGGAGCAACAGCUCAAGGACUUUGUGUCCGCUGGGAAUGUCCAACUUUUUGUGGAGGCACUCGUUGUUAUUCCUUGGGAAAGCGUCCCAUUACUUUAUUGGCUAAAGUGCUUGAAAGAAGUAUCAUUUGCCAUUCCCAUUAUUUCAAAGCAGCUCCUCGAAAAAUUGUGCCUCACAAUUCGCGCUCUUGAAGAUUAUAAUCUUCGUAAUAAAGCUAAUUUAGAAGCGUGCCAAGUGUUCCACGCCACUUUCGACAGCCUGUCUUUAGAAGGUUAUAUGUGCUGCAUUACGGCCAUGUUCAAGGAUAAAGAUCAAUGCCAUGAGCAGUAUCGAUUAAUAGACAAAAUUAAGGCUUGCAAGGAAAUGGAGCUUAAUUUGAAUAUUUUCGGCAAGAGGAGCUAUGAAAUUUUCAUAAGUUCUUAUGAAGGUAAGAAUAGAAAAGGUCAACAUGACCUUCGUAAAGCCUACUUCGAAAAACUGCGAAAGGUCCCAAAAGCUUAUCAUGGUUGGUGGCGCCUCGACCUUCAAAUAGACCAAGAAGAAAUUAUAUUAAACUUUUAUCGACAAAUAUACGAUGUGGACACAUCUUGGCUUCUUGAAAGUGCGAGCCUGAAUGAUAUGCAGUCGUAUUUAGUAAAUAAACUGGAGUGCAAGAACAGCGAUGAAGCUGCCUUCUUGAAGGCCCGAUGUGUGGAUCUCUUUGUCAGAAAUCGCAUAAAUUCUUGGAGCAAUUUAAAGGAGUUCAACUUGAACCCCUCAGAGUUGCUGGCCCAGGGUACUUUCGAUACUGCUUCCACUUUCAUAUUCUUACUAGGACGCCACACGGAAAAAUUAGAAGAGGUCAGCAUACUGGAAACUCUCAUUUCCUGUUCCAGAAGUAAGGAUAACAUUGAAGCCGCUUACGUAUACGAUGUUUUGCACAUUGCAAAUUUUAAAGCUAGAGCUCGAGCGUUCGCCAUCUCGGCUGUCUUAAAUAUUAGCGAAGCCUACUUGAGUGGCAUUUGUGAUGAUCUGCUGAGGGCCAAUAAUGAGCUUUCGACCUCACCUUACUUGGAAAACUCCGAGGUGCACAUUAAAAAAAUAAGAAUAGCUACAGCCCUAGUGGUUUUUUCAGAGCAAUGGACUUGGUCAGACAGUCUGUGGCAGGCUGCUUUAUCUCCGGAUGAUCACCCGAGCAUAACGUACAUGUACGAGUGCCUUGUGAUCAAAAUGCUCCCGAACAUCGAAGUGUUGUCAGAAAAACUGAAGCUGUUAACAACUUUAAAAAGAGCUCAGCAGGAAUCCGCUCUAGCCAUAACCCACACCUACAUCAACAUUCACAGGAAGGAACUUAGGAAAGAGCAAUUGGAUGACAUUUUAAAUUUGGUUCGGCCCCACAAAUAUCACUUGUACGAGACUUUAAACGAGCCUCGUUUAUUUCUUCGCGAAAAUUUUUCUACUGAAAGCAUUCUUUAUGUUACAAAUGCUCCAUUUGAUGAGCGCCACAUUUUCGAUGCCUGUGAAAAGGACUAUUACACAGAUAAUGCCCGCGAGGCUUUCAAAGCAAAGCUAGACCUUUAUAAGAACGCAACAGAGUGCGGUGAAUUAGCUCUAACCGACGAUGGAUGUAUAGACAAUACAAAAUCGGAAGAUAGGGAACUUAUAUUGGUAGCUUCUCUGAUCGACAAGAUUUCAGGUUUCGGUGCUUUGGCGCGCACCUGUAAAAGUCUUGGAGUCACUUCCCUGACAAUGGCGCUAAAAUCACAUGUUACGAUUGCUAAUAAGCUAUGGUAUGUAUAA